AUGUCUCGCAUUCUUCGACCCGCAGCUCGCCUCGCUGCUUCGACUCGAGCUAUCCGCGCUCCCGUUGCUCCUUCGGUUGCUCAGUCUGCCAUCUCCCGCGCUGCUCUUGCGCGACCCGUUGUUUUCGGUUCCGCCCAGACCCGAUCCUACGCCGACAACAGCUCCGGCGUCAAGGAGUACACCGUCCGAGAUGCGCUCAAUGAGGCUCUCGCUGAGGAGCUCGACCAGAACGAGAAAGUUUUCAUCCUCGGAGAAGAGGUUGCCCAAUACAACGGUGCCUACAAGGUGACCAAGGGUCUCCUCGACCGCUUCGGCGACAAGCGUGUCAUCGACACUCCCAUCACCGAGUCCGGUUUCUGUGGUCUCGCCGUCGGUGCUGCCCUCAGUGGUCUUCACCCCGUUUGUGAGUUUAUGACCUUCAACUUUGCCAUGCAGGCUAUCGAUCAGGUUAUCAACUCUGCUGCCAAGACCCUCUACAUGUCUGGUGGCAUCCAGCCCUGUAACAUCACAUUCCGUGGUCCCAACGGUUUUGCUGCUGGUGUUGCUGCUCAGCACUCCCAGGACUACUCCGCCUGGUACGGCAGCAUUCCCGGUCUCAAGGUCGUUUCUCCCUGGAGCGCCGAGGAUGCCAAGGGUCUCUUGAAGGCCGCCAUCCGUGACCCUAACCCUGUCGUUGUUCUCGAGAACGAGUUGAUGUAUGGUCAGAGCUUCCCCAUGUCCGAGGCUGCCCAGAAGGACGACUUCGUUAUUCCCUUCGGCAAGGCCAAGAUUGAGCGAUCCGGCAAGGACUUGACCAUCGUGUCCCUCAGCCGCACUGUCGGCCAGUCUUUGAUUGCCGCUGAGAACCUCAAGAAGAAGUACGGCGUUGAGGCCGAGGUUAUCAACCUGCGAUCCAUCAAGCCUCUUGAUGUUGAGACCAUCAUCCAGUCCGUUAAGAAGACACACCGUCUUCUAUCCGUCGAGUCUGGCUACCCUGCCUUCGGUGUCGGAUCCGAGAUCCUUGCCCUGACAAUGGAGUACGGUUUCGACUAUCUCGAUGCCCCCGCUGCUCGAGUCACUGGCGCUGAGGUCCCUACUCCUUAUGCUCAGAAGCUCGAGGAGAUGUCCUUCCCUACUGAGAAGUUGAUUGAGGACUACGCUGCCAAGGUCCUUCGCCUGUAAGAAAAAAAAGGAGAGCGAAAUGAGUGCUGAGAAAGAAUCCGGUCCAUCUGCUUGCACACAUCAGGACAGCGCCCAUGUUAAUGUGCCCAGCGUGGCAGUGCAUGUCCUACGCUGCUCGUUGUAAUAAUCGGGAUUGAGACACAGAUGAAAAUCUGGUCCAAUUGGCGUAUUUGAUGGACACUACCUUUGAUAGACGUGCGGAAGGAAAGGAAAUGUAAUUUUAUCGCGUGUUGCCAUGUAUGUUAAGGGCACGGCACCCGUCUUAUUAAUGAUCUACCAAUUCAUGUAUGUGCU